AUGUCGGAAACAUUCACAAUCCACUACUUUGCGACAGCAUCUCAAUACACCUCCAAAAACACAGAGUUGCUCCCCGCACCCCUGAAACUAUCCGCUCUUUUUGGCGAACUGGAGCAGCGAUACCCCGGCAUUACUCCUAAAGUCCUGUCUACCUGUGGCGUCAGUCUGGACGGGGAGUAUGUUGAUAUCCAGGAGGAUGGGGAUAUCAUUAUCCAGGCUGGGAGUGAGGUGGCUGUUAUUCCGCCUGUGAGUUCGGGGUAG